CACACAGAGCAGAGGUCUCAGGAGCCAGAGUGUGGCCAGCGUCCUCGGCCCAAGUCAAUGGCCGCAGAAGCCAAUGGAGCAUCGGCAGAUAUUCCCGGCUCCAGAGCUGGGGGUGUCCUGCCAUCGCUGCCCCUGGACCCAACCCAGCUUGGCCAGACAAGUUCACUCCAGAAAGGGACCGACCCGGGGUUCCUGCCUCCAGACUGGCACCAGAAAGGGCCCCAGAAGAGAAGCGGCCUCCUCAAGCAGCUGGGCGCCUUCCAUGUGGUCGUUGCUCUGCUGCACUUGAUCCUUGGGGCGUACCUGCUCUCAGCUGUCAAGGACCUGCACCUGGUAGCACUGAGGUCUUGGUAUCCAUUCUGGGGAGCUGCCUCUUUCCUCAUUUCUGGGAUCUUGGCGAUAGCAUUGGAGACAUUUUCCAAAUCGUAUCUGAGAGCAUUGUGCCUCACAAUGAACCUCAUCAGCUUCUUUUGCGUGCUGUGCGGCUUCUACGUCAUUAUCAAGGAUCUCUUUCUGGAGAGUCCAUUUGAGUCCCCAAUCUGGAGAACUUACCCCAGCCCCAUGGUCCACAUCCAGAGGCUGGAGCUGGCCCUGCUGUGCUUCACCUCCCUGGAGCUCUUCCUGCCGUGGUCCACUGCCAUCAUGGCCUGGAAGAGCAAGCACCUGCCUGUGGAGGAGGAUGACUUGUCCCUUAUUCCUGACCCUCCGUUUGUGCUCAGUGGUCUGUCGACACCUCCACCAUCCUACGAGAAAGCAAUUCAAGACGAUGAGAAAGAUGAGCCAAAGCAGAGGUAAAGGUUGAGUUCCCAUGAAGCUACAUCUGGGCUUGGGCCACCAUGACCAAAA